AUGCCAGGUGAGAAGUGGAAAGACGGGAGGAAGCGCGGGAAGCAGCAGCAGCAAUGGGUCCCCUUGAGAGACCCAACCGCCGGCACGAUAGCGUCCCAACUACGUAUCCAGUCUAUUCUCUCCCCCGCCGAUCCGCCGGACGCCGAUGAGACUUCGGCUACCAAUAGUACGCCAACCGGUUCUACUCCAAACCGAAAGUUUAACGACGCGUUCGCCGCGCCGGGCUCUGGCGGACCGCCCUCUGUACUUCCCGCCGGGUCGGUUAUAGCACCCAGGAUUUAUACCAACGACCGGUUUCCCAACAGUCGCCAGCCGCUGCCUCAUAGCUCACCGCUCGCUACCGGGGGCGGCGGGCUUCGCAGGCACGGCCAAACACCCGAGAAUGCCAACAAGGUCUUGAUGGCCUCCGCGACUAUGAGGCCUACCCCUGAGAGCCCUGCAAGCCCUGGCAUACCUGAUCUGAAAAGGGGAGCCAAGCGUACCCCUUUGCGCUCAAGUAUUGCCUGUCAACGUUGCCGGAAAUCCAAAAUCAAGUGCAACAACACAGGCGGUGAUGCGCCCUGCGAUACCUGUAUCCGAAAUGGCAAACAAUGUAUCUACCCUGACGUGGCGCCUGCUCCCCCAAAGCGGGCUGAGCCACCCACCGGUGUCAAGUCGGAGCAGGGUUCCGAGCGGAAGCGGCCGAGGAGACUCGAUGAUAUCGCCAAGUUGGAGAGCGCUGUUCCGCCUGCCGCUUUCGCCGAGGAGGUUCUCACGGCGCCUUAUCUUACCGAGAGUGUUUGGUCAGAAAUCUUUGACCUGUACAAACUUCACUUCGCCACUGAGUUGCCGUUCCUUCACUUGGCAACUCUCAAGGAGAAAAUGGGAAACAGGUUCAGAGCCAAGCAGAGUGACACAUCUCCCGAAAUCAAUCUCGUGCUCCUAGGGGUCCUAACACUGACAGUACGCUUCAACCCCACGUUGGUGUCUUAUGUUACAACACUCAGGACAGCUUCUACUGUUUCGAGCGGUCCAAAGUCGCGCCAACUGGGCAUCAGUAGUGACGCGACGACCGCCUCCGAGUUCUAUGCCAAUGUCCUCACAAAGGCUUUGGGUGGACUUCGAGCCAGCAUGACCAUGGCAUCAGUCGAAAGGGUCCAGGCCUUCCUGAUGCUAGGCCUGUACGAGUGGGGACAGGCGCGACCCAAGGUGGGCGGCAUGGCGGCAUGGAUGUAUGUCGGAAUGGCCAUUCGUAUGGCUCAAGCUCUAGGCUUGGGUGAUGGCGAUAAAGAGGACAGCAAAACAUUCAAGUCCAGACCUCUAGACGCCUUGAGAUUGUCCAUGUCAAAAUCGCAACUGAUCAUCGCCAAAGAAAUCAGGCGACGCACCAUGUUUAGUUGCUUGAUAUUGGAUCGCUUGCUGGGCUGUGGCAAGGGGCGUGCAUCGACAAUACGUUCUGAGGACUUGCGAAUUCAGCUUCCCUGUUCUGAAAUGUCCUUUGACCUAUCCGAAGAUGUCUAUACUGGCUUCCUCAACCCUACAGCCCAGGAGAUGGCAAGAGGCCCUAUAUCCGACAGUGCCGACAGCGUCCUAAGUCGCUUCAUCCGACUCGUUGAUAUCUGGGGCGAAAUAUCAAAAUGGAGCUUUGCCGGUGGUCGCUUUACAGAACAGCAUGCUCCUUGGAAGCGUGAGACAACAUUCUACCAGCUCCGCAUGAAGCUUGAGACGUUUUAUAGCGAACUACCGGAGCGGUUUUGCUGGUCGAGGAGCAACUAUUACAAGCACGAGAACCACCACGCCAGCAGUGUCUACGUCUCCUUGCACAUGCUGGGCGCGGUAUGUAAGAUUAUGCUUCAUCGCGAGUACAUACCGUUCAUUGCAAUUCGAUGCAAGAAGCCAGUUGGCCCCCUUGAUGAGCCCACUUUUGCUGAAGGCGAUGAACCGACCGGAUUCUGGAACGAAAGCGCUGAAGAGAUUUUCAGAGCAGCUAAGGAUAUUGUUGAUCUCAUCGAUAUUUCCCAACAGAAACUUCCCAUGUCGACGCUCGUUUUGUUUGCCGUUUGGACGGCUGCCUUUGUCGGCAUAUAUGCUGUUUACUUUCCUCAUAUCGAUGUCGACCGCCACAUGCUUCUGCCACCAGACGAAGAUUCAGGGAUCGAGUUGGAAGAGAUCAAAAAGGGACCUACCGGCCUGACGUACAAAACACUACAGCAAAUGGGUAAAUGGCUCAAGAUGGCAGACACAUAUGUGCAAUAUUUUCAUGAUAUGGUACGCUACUACGACACGGUAAAGAAGGACUACGAAGCUGCGGCCAAAGCGGCGGACGGGCCAGGCGGUGAAGCUAAAAUUAACGUUCGUCUUCUUGGUGGCGGCCUGGAGGAGUGGAAAUACCAAGGACUGAAGGUGGUCAACAAUGGCGAAAUCCUGGCGGUUGACGACGACCGGCACAGCAUUUCUCGGGAUAGCACGCUCGAACCAGCCUCCAGCAGACAUGACGGCCAUCAUACGGACCACCACACCAAGACCCCAAGGUCGGCUUCGCUCUCGUUCACCCCAAUCAACACAACAACGCAUCACCACCAGCACCCAUCGUUAGAUUCACCAGCAGACACCACUCGAACGCCAGACGGCGAAAACAUGUCCUGGCAUCACCCACCAUAUCAACGCCCAGUCACCGGCGGCAUGCUCAGCUCCAGCAGCCAACACCAGUCCCCAUCUCAAUCAUCGUUCGCGGCCCUGAGUCCGCAUCUGGCGACUGUCAAACAAGCAUUAGGCCCACCGCCACCACCACCAGCGGCUGUCUCAGGCUCCGGUGCGGCAGCCUCGAUCUCGACAUUGCCCAGCAUACCCGUGUACAACUCCUCAAAUGAGGUAAUGCAGUAUAUCCAGGAAAACCAGAGCAUACCGUGGAAUCAGUUACCAGGCGGUGUCGACCACUUUGCGCACGGGACCGAUGACUUUUGUUUUGAUGAGACGGGCAACGGGUUCUGGGGGUCGAUGCCCGUUGUUAUGGGCGCCUCUGCUGCACAUGGUUAUGUGCCACAACCGAUUGUUGGGGUGAGUGGACAGCAGGGAACGGGUUGGAGUGGACUUAUGUGACGAAGCAAAGAAGAUGGCUGAGGUCCGAAUGUUGCAGUGGGGGAUAUUCCCUUUUGUUUUCCUCUCUCUCUCUCUCUCUUUCUUGGUUUUGAUCUACUACUAUGGAACAAGGCUGUACGUUUUUUGUCAUUCAUCGAUUACGGUGUCUUAAAUG